AUGGCUUCAUUCCGUGGUUCAUCAGAGCCCAUUGCCGUGAUCGGCAUCGGCUGUCGUUUCCCAGGAGCAUCGUCUUUUCCAGAAUUAGCCGAUGCAUUGCAUGAACCCGCAGAUUUGUCGCAGACCAUUCCUUCGGAUCGAUUCAGUAUCGAUGGUUUUCACCAUGAGGACGGAAAAUACCAUGGCAAUACCAAUGUCCGAAAAUCUUACUUUCUACGGGAUGGCAUCCGCAAGUUUGACAACAACUUCUUCAACAUUACUGCGGUAGAGGCGUCUGCUAUGGACCCUCAGCAGCGACUCUUGCUUGAAACAGUUUACGAGGCCUUUGAGAAUGCCGACGUCUCCACGCCACAACUCAAGGGCUCAGACACAGCUGUUUACGUGGGCUUGAUGUGUGGAGACUAUGAGAAUAUCCUAUUGCGUGACAUUGAUAGUGCUCCAAGAUACCAGGCUACUGGUGUUGGUCGCAGUAUCAUGGCCAAUCGAAUCUCAUACAUAUGGGAUCUACAUGGUCCAUCAAUGACGAUCGACACAGCUUGUUCUUCUAGCCUAGUUGCUUUGCAUCAAGGUGUGCAGGCACUACGUCUGGGCGAGACCCAGUUGGCUGUUGUUGCUGGGUCCAAUCUGCUGCUGGGACCUGAAUGGUACGUCACGGAAAGCAAUCUGAACAUGCUCUCACCGACCGGUACGAGUCGCAUGUGGGAUGCGGACGCCAAUGGGUAUGCCCGAGGAGAGGGGGUGGCUGCUGUAGUAUUGAAGCGUCUAAGUGAUGCCGUUACCGAUGGCGACUUCAUUGAGUGUGUCGUAAGGGAGACGGGUGUCUGCCAGGACGGACGGACUAAUGGCAUCACCACUCCGAGUUCGGAGUCUCAAGCAUCUCUUAUCCGCCACGUUUAUGCCAAGGCCGGUCUUGAUGUGGUUAAGGACGGCUGCCAAUAUUUUGAGGCACACGGCACCGGCACUCCCGCAGGCGAUCCUGUAGAAGCAGAAGCCAUCCACUCUGUCUUUACCGACUCCUCUCGAGAUGGCGUUCGCACCGACCCGCUCUACGUCGGAUCAGUCAAGACGGUCAUCGGCCACACUGAAGGUACAGCCGGAUUGGCAGGGCUUCUGAAAACAACAGCCGCCUUACAACGGAAGACAAUCUUCCCCAAUAGACACUUCAAAAGGCUUAACCCCCGCAUCGAGCCUUUCUACAAGAACCUGAAGGUCCCAACUGUCGAGAUUCCGUGGCCUAAACCACCAGAGAACCAGCCGCUCAGAGCUAGUGUCAACAGCUUUGGAUUUGGUGGGACAAACGCGCACGUUAUCUUGGAAAGCUACGACAACAGUGUUUCGACGAAUCGAGCUUUCGAUGGCACAACCCCAGUUUUUGUGCCGGUUGUUUUUUCGGCCAAGAGCAUACACUCGUUGUACGGCGGGCUUGAAGACUAUGGCCGGUGGCUAGACUUGCACCCAGAGGCCAACCUGCGUGAUCUGGCAAUUACGGCUUCUAGAAGGUCGCCCUUUGCCUACAGAGCCGCUAUUACGGCUGCGAGUGGUCCUGAAUUCUUAUCCAAAAUAUCGGAAGCAAUUCGAGAGCGACGAGUAGUAGCACCAACGAGCAACACUCUGCAGACAAUCGGCAUCUUCACAGGUCAGGGGGCUCAGUCUUUCGGCAUGAUGGCUGAGGUCCUACGUACCUCCUCGUGGGCACGGAAUCGCGCGCGUCAACUAGAAGGGGCAUUUUUGGGUUCUAUUCCGCCCGAAGACAGGCCACCUCAGUCAUUGGUUGACCAUCUGCUUUUGGGCCGAUCUCAGGACGGCUCAUCAGUGAUGAAAGCUAGCCUUUCUCAGCCCCUGUGUACCAUGGUACAGAUUCUCCUAGUGGACGUGCUACGGACAGCUGGUGUCAAGUUUAGUGCCGUCGUCGGUCACUCUUCUGGAGAAAUCGCUGCCGCAUAUGCUGCGGGUUACCUCACGGCAGAGAGUGCCUUAGGCGUGGCUUACUACCGAGGUUUGCAUACCAAGUUGGCUGGGGGCCAGUCCGGACAAGAGGGGGCCAUGCUGGCAGCUUCCAUGUCUUACGACGAGGCAUGUCAAUUUUGUGCGCGGCCGCAAUUCAAGCAGAGGCUUUGGGUGGCAGCCAGCAACUCCCCAGGCAGCGUAACUCUCUCCGGGGACCAAGAUGUCAUUGUCGAAGCCGAGCAGUCUCUCUUGGUUGAGAACGCCAACCCGAAACGUCUGAUGGUCGACAAGGCGUAUCACUCUCAUCAUAUGAACCUAUGCUCCGUUGCUUACCUAGAAUCGCUCAGAGCACUUCCGGGGUGGACGUCCGAUCCCGAUACGCCGACCCGAUGGUUUUCUAGCGUCUAUGUUCGGGAGGCUAGCGAGAUCCAUCUCACAGCGGAUUAUUGGAAUGAGAACAUGGUCCGGCCAGUCCUUUUCUCCCAAGCUUUGGAGAAGGCAUGCCACCAAAUCGGUCCCUUUGAUCUUGUUGUGGAGGUCGGACCACAUCCAGCACUCCGUGGUCCUGUUUUACAAACUUUGAUGAACUUGGAGCCGCAAAACCAGCCAAGUUAUGCCUUCUUACUCCGGAGAGGAGAAGACAGCGUGCAAACUCUGGCGGCCGGAUUUGGCCAGCUUUGGGAAGCCGGUUUGAACCCCAACCUGGCUGCCGUCGACAAGUUGAUGUCUGGUAUCGCAGGCCAGCCAUUAAGGGGGCUUCCCACAUACCAUUGGCAACACGACAAGGAGUUCUGGCACGAAUCGCGCUUUGCCAAAGCUUUCAGGGGCCGCAAGAAACCAACUCACCCGUUGAUAGGCAACCCGCUUCCCGACAGUUCCUACUUGGACAUGAGAUGGCGCAAUGUGCUUUUGGAGUCGGAGUUGCCCUGGCUUGCCGGGCACAAGAUCCAGGGUCAGACAGUCUUCCCUGCCGCUGGCUACUUAUGCAUGGCCAUCGAAGCGGCGCAGGAACUUGUCCCGGAGAAUCAGAGCAUCCAGAUCAUAGAUGUCACCAACUUGGACAUUGAACAAGCCCUUCUCAUCCCAUCAGACGACCCUGGGGUAGAGGUUGUAUGCACGAUGACAGACGUGCGUCGUGAUGACAAGGCCAGAAUCGCAGCAAACUUCGCCAUAUACUCUAACGUCGGGGACAACUUGUCCCUUAUGGCUAAAGCCGCCGUAGACCUACGCCUUGGGUCAUUACAGAGCGACAUAAUGCCCAACAUGAGCCAGCAAGACAGCGCAGACUGGUUGAUGAGUUCCAUUGACAGCGAAAGCCUAUAUGCGGCAUGGAACAGCCUUGGCUACGGUUACACAGGGCCGUUCCGCGCUAUCCAGCACGCUUCAAGGAAGCUCAGCGCAGCCAGUGGAUCUAUCGGCAUGAUCCCAGGUGGAGGUUCAUUGCUUUUCCAUCCUGCCACAUUGGACGCCGCUAUCCAGACAAUCUUGUUGGCUUACUGCCAUCCAGAGGACGGGAGUCUGUUCGCCAUACAUGUUCCACGAACCAUCGGUAAUGUUCGAAUCAACGCCGGACUGGCAAGAUCAGUCUGCCAGACUCACCAGAACCUUAGGUUUACUGCAGUCGUCCCAGACCGUGAAGGUGACGGUCUCUGUGGGGAUGUCGAACUGUUCACUCCAGAGGGAAAAGGCUUCGUGCAGAUUGAGGCUCUCCAGUGCAUUCCUCUGUCUCCGGCAAGGGAGGAGAGUGAUGCCAAACUCUUCUACGGUACAAAGUGGGCGCCCGCCUUGCCCGACGCUGAGGUUGUUUGCUGGGACGGACGGGCCACAGCGGACGAUUACGAGCUGGCACGGAACCUAGAGCGUCUAUCUUUCUACUACAUGAUGCAGCUUGAGGAAGCUGUCCCGCAGGGCCACCCACAACGUCAGCAUCCCCAUUGGAAGAGAUACUUUGGCUUUCUGAGCCAUGUUCGCGAACUUGUUGAGUCCGAUGUCCAUCCGUAUGUUGAGAAGAAUUGGCUCCAAGACACGCCCGAGGUAGCUGCCGCCAUUACGGCGCGAUAUUCCGACAAUCUGGAUUGCAGAGUUAUUGGAGCCGUGGGAGAGAACGUUGCGGAGGUUAUAUACAGUGGCGGUACGAUGCUGGAGCACCUGCUCCGUGACGGCCUCUUGGAUGAUUACUAUGCCCAUGGGAUGACCAACCAAAGCUACCUCCGCUACAUGGCCCGCAUGGUAGGGCAGCUCACUCACAGAUAUCCUGGAAUGAAAAUUCUCGAAGUCGGAGCGGGCACUGGGAGUGCAACCAAGACAAUCUUUGGCGAGAUUGGCCGCACUUUUGACUCCUAUACAUAUACGGAUGUAUCUAUUGGAUUUUUUGAGAAAGCCCGUGAUGUAUUCGCAACCCAUGAAGAUAAAAUGGUCUUCAUGAGUCUCGAUGCAGAGCGGGAUGUCAUGGAACAGGGGUUCGAGCCGCACUCCUACGACUUGGUCGUCGCCUCCCUGGUGCUUCAUGCAACAUCAAACCUAAAGAACACGCUUUCCAACGUCCGGCGUCUUCUGAGGCCUGGUGGUUACCUCAUCAUGCUUGAGAUUACCGACAACGAUCCCAUUCGACUCGGCUUUGUCUUUGGAACCCUGCCGCAAUGGUGGAUUGGCGACACCGAAGGCCGCAUACUCUCGCCCUGCAUCGAACCCCCAGAAUGGGAUGCUGUUCUCCAGCAGUCCGGUUUCUCAUCCAUUGACUCAAUCACCCCUGAUGUCGACCGUCUUCCGUUUCCUCUUUCAGUCAUUACGGCUCAAGCGGUGGACGACAGAGUGCAGUUGCUACGUAGCCCUCUUCUCAGCAAUAUUGUGUUCUCUCGCCUGCUUAUAAUUGGGGGCGCAACUGCGAAAACCGUCCAGCUUGUGAGCAACUUAUGUGAGCUGCUAAAAAGUCACUACGACAUCGUUUUGAGUAUCCGCACGCCCGGUGACUUUGAUAAGAAAUACUCUGGAUGCACGGUAUUGUCUCUGGCGGAACUUGACAGGCCUGUCUUUGAGAACAUCAACGAUGAGACUCUCGCUGCUCUGAAAAGCUGCAUUUUAAGCUGCCCAAUACUCUUCUGGGUUACACAAGGUGCACGAGACAGGUGCCCUGGCUCCAACAUGUCUGUUGGCUUCUUCCGCACAAUGCUCUGGGAGAUACCCGACCUGAUAUUUAGGUCGAUCGACUUUUCGGAUACAGGUCUGCCGGACGCUCGUGUAAUCUGCUCUUCACUCCUUGAGUUAGAGAUGGCCGUCUCAUGGGAUCUGGCAACGAAGGGAACUGAUAUACUCUGGUCGGCAGAACGGGAGCUCGUCUACAAAGACGGUCGCCUGGAUAUUCCACGGCUGGUGGAGGCACCCGAUCUCAACGACAGAUACAAUGCCAGGCGACGUGUCGUGGUUCGAAAGAAUGGCAAUGGCCCGAUCCGACUCCGCCAUGACGGCUGGCUUGAACAAAAGAUUUCCUUGCUUUCGAACAAUGCAUUGCCCUCAAGACAAGGCAACCGUCCCCAGCUCCAGGUUGAGUACUCGACCUCAUUCUCAGUACCUGUUUUGAACACGGGUAUCAGCAAGUCAUACGUGAUCUUUGGCAGAAUUUCAAACAUUGGCAACAUUGGCCGUUCAGUACUCGUCUUGAGCUCUGAAUGUGCCUCGACGAUGAAGCCGUUACCUUGCUCAAUCUGGGAACUUCCAGACGACUCUGACCCGCCACUUGUUCUAACACGAGUUGCAGCAGCGUUGCAAGCAAUGUAUCUGCUUUCUGACGUUCCCAGAGGCCAGCGCUUACUUGUGCAUAACCCCAGUGCGAGGCUUGCCUUGGCGAUCAAGUACUUGGCCAGGAGUCGAGGCAUCCGAGUCACUCUAACCUCAACAAAUCAGAAUACUGAAUAUGUUGUAUUUCUACAUCCAUUAUUGCCAAAGCGUUUGCUGAGAAGCAAGAUCGAUUGGAACUUCAACUACUUUGCGGACCUUUCUGAUACCACAGAGUCCCCAUCAGACGCAUCACUUCGUCAGCUUUUGCCAGAAUCUACAGUUAUUAUCGAUACGCAGCCCAUAUUUACCACUCAGGGCCUGCGAACUGCCACCCUUUCGGGCUAUGGUAACUCCUCAAUAUCGACCACAACUGCUCCGCUCUCUGCGCAACUCGCUGAAGCAUACAACUUAAGUCGCGGGCUUUCGAUGCAAGCGCUUGAGCUUGUUUCCUUGAGCGAUUCCCCUGGUCAACGGCAGAAUCCAAGUAGGAUUAUCCAAUGGAGUGACAAUAAGAGCGCCUUGGUCCGCGUUCCACCCACGGGACGUCACAUAGCCUUCCUGCCACAUCGCACUUACUGGCUAGUUGGCCUCACUGGAGACUUGGGGCUGUCCAUCAGUGAAUGGCUCGUUCGAAAAGGGGCGCGUUACGUGGCUUUGAGCAGCCGUAACCCCAAGGUGGACUCAGAAUGGCUAGAAAGCCACCGCAAAAACGGAGUCAACAUCACCAUAAUCCCGUGUGACGCGGCAGACAAAGACAGCCUCGAAUCGGCCUAUAAUAAGAUCAAGAAUACUCUCCCACCUCUGGCUGGAGUGGCUCACGGCGCUAUGGUCUUAGAUGACGCACCACUCAGAGACUUGGACGCACAAAAGUUUGCCAAGGUAGCCGGUCCCAAGGUCCUGGGCAGCAAGAACUUGCAGAGGCUUUUCGACGAACAUGGCGAGAGUCUAGACUUUCUCGUCUUCUUCUCGUCUAUUGCAGCAGUCUUCGGUAGUCACGGGCAGUCCAACUACACAGCCGUUAAUUCGUUCAUGCAAAGCUUGGCCCUGCAGCGGAGAAACCGCGGUCAACCUGCUUCUGUUCUCAAUCUUGGCCUCGUCAUUGGCAUAGGGUACGCUUCGAAUAAACUCAGCCGCAGCCAGCGUGAAACUUUACGCAAAAACGGGUUCAGAUGGAUCUCCGAGGACGAUCUUCACGACGCGUUUGCUGAAGCCAUUCUAGCAAGCCCUCCUUCAGAUCAUGACCAUGAGAUCACUAUAGGUGCCGACACUUUCCCAGCUGGGUUGGCUUCGGUGCCGCCGUGGGCAGAGGAUCCGAGAUUGUCACAUAUGUUCAUCCACGGCGCUGAAAAGAAUCAUGUAUCCAAGGGAAUCGGUCUUCAUGCACAGAAGACCCCCCGUGAAAGAUUAGCGUCUGCUACCUCGGCAUUGGAGACCGAACUCAUAAUUAAGGAAUGUUUCCUUACUAAACUCCAGAGUAUUCUGAGGUUGUCACCUGCUCAGAUGGAGAAUGAGCCAGCGCUUCUCAGUUCAGGCACCGAUCAGCUCGGAUUUGACUCACUCAUCGCAGUCGAAGUACGCAGUUGGUUCCUGAAGACAUUUGAUGUCAGCCUAUCGACUCUCCAAAUCAUGAACGGCAUCACUGUUCAGGGCAUUAUAUCCUUGGCCUCGUCCAAGCUUGGCAAACAGUUCAAACCAAGCUUGACCAUUAAGCCAGGAACAGAGUCAGAUAAGACUGAGACUUCUAGCCCCCUCUCCAAAUCAUCCCCGAUGUCGCUAUUCGAGGAUUCUCCAGUCUCAGGAUGUCAAACUUGGUCUUCUACUCCGUCAUCUGAAGUGUCAGUUUCCCAGAUGAUCCCUAUUCCCAAGACCAUGAACUGGGACGGCCCUCGACAAUCUCCUCGCUACGGACCUCACCCUCUUUCCUUUGGCCAGGAGAUGUUCUGGUUUGUACAAAAGUUCACGUCGGAUGCCAGCACUCUCAAUAACACGGUAGUGUACCGUAUGACUGGCGCGCUAGAUGUAGCGAGGCUCGCCGAAGCCGUUCGAGUGGUUGGAGACCGCCACGAGGCGCUAAGAACUGCAGUAUUCGAAUCAGAGGAUGGCAUGGCUGUCCAGGCUGUACUGGACCAUUCCAAAUUGCAUCUAGAGAAACUCUCAGCUUCUCUCAAGGACGUUCCGGUCAUCAUAAAUGAUCUUGCCGGCUAUCAUUAUCAACUCGACAAGGGCCAAAACAUGCGCAUCCUCCUCGUCUCCAGCUCGCCUACGGAGCAUCAUAUCCUCUUCGGUUUCCAUCACAUCAACAUGGAUGGAAUCAGCCUUCAGAUAAUUCAGUCGGAACUGGAAACCGUUUAUAAGGGGGAAGAUUUGCUCGGAUCCCCUUUGCCGUUCACAGACUUCGUCAAACGGCAGCGCGAGAAUGACUGGUCCGAACUGCUGUCAUUUUGGCAAAGCGAGCUUUCUGGUAUCUCCGGGAACCUUCCCAUAUUGCAGCUUCCCGGUGCCUCUAAAGUGCGCCACCUGUUGACCGAGUAUCGAGCUAUUGAGGUUGAGCGCCGAGUCAAUUCUCCUACGAUGGCCAAGGUCCAUGAGAGAUGCCGCGAGCUCCGCGUAACGCAAUUCCAAUUCUACCUCGCCAUUUUCCGGGUCCUACUCACUCGUUUGGCAAAAGUGGAAGACAUCUGCAUCGGCAUUGCUGAUGGAAACAGAUUGAGUGAAGACACUCUCGACGCUGUUGGCAUGUAUCUCAACUUGUUGUCUCUGAGAUUUCAGUCAACACAGAAGAUGACAUUCUCGGAUAUUGCUCAAGAUACGAAACAAAAGGCACAAGCUGCUAUUGCUCAUUCAGCUAUUCCAUUUGGUUUAUUACUGAGCAAACUUGGAGUGGCACGAUCCGCAGAACACAGCCCAGUCUUCCAAGCUUUUGUUGACUAUCGGCAAGGGGCACGAGAGCGACAAUCGUUUGGUAACUGCAACCUCGAGGUCAGCUUCUAUCAAGGGGCCAGAGCCAGCUACGAUAUCAGUCUCGACAUAAUUGACUCAAAAGACGCCCCUACAUUUAUACGGCUGGCUGUGCAGAAUAGCCUGUACUCAAAAGGCGAUGCCGCCUUGCUUAUAGACAGCCUGAUGAGUCUAGUCGAUUACUUUGCAACCUCCACUGAUCAGAAGGACUGCUGUAUUGAAAGCGUUCCAAUUUUCGAUGCCAAGACUAUUACAACGGGCUUGAGCCUUGCAAAGGGGCAAUUCGAGCAGUCAUCGUGGCCUGAAACCCUUGCUCGCCGGGUUGCAGAAGUAUCAAUAACAUAUCCCGAGAAGGCUGCGAUUAAGGAUGGGAGCGGCACCAUCUUGACGUACGCAGAAAUGUCGGACCGAGUAGCGGCCAUCACAAGCGGCAUCUCGAGUUUUCAAGCUCGACCAGGAUCUGUCAUUGGAGUCUUCCAAGAACCAACAGCUGAUUUCGUAUGCUCUUUACUGGCGAUUUGGCAUGCCGGAUGCGUCUAUAUGCCGUUGGAUGCGGCAACCCCAACGCAGCGGCUCCAGCGUCAAGUUCACCACUGCUCGCCGCAGCUUAUUCUCGUGGACAACUCUCUUGAAAGCGCGGCAGCAUCCUUCGGGACUCCGGUUCUCAACGUCUCUUCUUGCGCCGAUGUCCAAAAGCCCUCGGCAAUAGUGUCGGGUGUGUCGGAGACCAAAUCAACAGACCCGGCGGCUGUUUUAUACACGAGUGGGUCUACCGGUGUUCCCAAGGGAAUUGUCCUUUCCCAUCAGAACCUAGUCCACGAGCUUGAGUUUUCUUCUAAAAGCUACGACUUCGAAUUCGAAAACGUCUUGUGCCAGAGUGCGUUGGGGUUCGACAUGUCCUUGACACAGAUCUUUACAGCGCUCGCUUAUGGAGGCUGCCUGCACGUCGUGACAUUGGCCCAGCGCGGCGACGCUGUGUCCAUCACCAAACGCAUCGUCAAUGACAGGAUCACCUUCACCGGCGCGACUCCUUCGGAGUAUCUAUCAUGGUUGACCUACGGCGUUGCAGACUUCGGCCAGUCUCAGUCCAGUUGGCGCCGCGCAGUCUGUGGUGGAGAGCCAAUCACCCCGUCACUGCUCCGCGCGUUCGCCGCUAUCGCGAACCCUCAGCUGAGGCUCUUCAAUGCUUACGGACCAACAGAGACGACAUGCUCGGCAACCAGAAUAGAGGUUCCAUACCGAGAUCUGGCUCAAGGCUCGCCCAAGGUUCCCUUGACAGCUGGCCAUGUGGCCCCGAACUGCUUUGUUUGUAUUGUAGACUCGGAUCUCAGACCCUUGCCUACUGGUAUGCCUGGCGAGGUUCUGAUCGGUGGCGCAAAGGUUGCCAUUGGCUAUCUCGGGAACGCAACCGUCACACAGGAGCGGUUCGUGAGCCAUGAUCACGUCCCAGCCCACUUCGUGGCCGAGGGCUGGACGUCGGUGCACCGCACUGGAGAUGUUGGCUUGUUACUGUCGGAUGGUCAGCUUGUCCUUCAAGGCAGGAUUUCCGGAGACUCUCAGAUCAAGCUGCGAGGUAAUCGUGUCGAUCUUACAGAUGUGGAAGACGCCAUUAUUCGGGCUAGUCCUCAUGUGAAUGAGGCCCUGGUCUGUGUUCAGAAACAGGUCAACUCGGGCGACGAAGGUUCGGACUCUGUGCUACUCGCCGCCUUUGUCGUCCUUGAUGAGAUUCUGUUUCAGAAAGGCGAGGAAGGAGAGGAUGUUCUAGGCGGUAUCUUGAAUAAUGUCGAUUUACCUCGAGCCUUGAAGCCGACUAUCAUCCGUUCGGUUAAAGCGCUUCCGAGAAGCAUCAACGGCAAGGUGGACCGAAAGGCAGCUACUGAGUUGCUCAAAAUGCACUUGGAUACGACGGAUGCAUCCCAUGAUGACGAACCCUUGUCGGCAGUCGAGUUGCAGCUCAAACAAAUAUGGAAGCAGGUUCUGCCGUUCGAUGCCACUCCUGUGGUUCAUAGGUCAUUGGACUUUUUCCACGCAGGCGGCAACUCUCUACUUCUGGUUGCACUGCAGAGGAAGAUCCGAGAUGUGUUCAGUGUAGAAAUCCCUCUUGUCUCCCUGUUUGACUCGAGCACUCUGUCCAACAUGGCCUCGAUCAUCGAGCAAAAGUCCAUUGAGGGGACGAACAUCGACUGGGAGAUCGAGACUGACCCUGAGAAUUACGUCUCGACCGGUUCCCUCCCAUCAUUGGAAGCACACACUCUCUCCACGAGCGAUUCUGCCGUCGUUGUUCUUACUGGGGCGACAGGGCUCUUAGGCAAGGCUCUUCUUCGUGUUCUGAUCAACGACAAGAGGAUCUCGGCUAUUCACUGCAUUGCUGUGCGCAGACCGGCCUGCCUCGAACCGUUCAGAGCGUCCGAGAAGGUUCAAAUUCAUAAAGGAGAUCUUACAUUGCCUCGACUUGGCCUGUCCACUGAGAUGGCACAGUUGAUAUUCUCAGUUGCGGACGUCGUUAUUCAUAACGGAGCCGACGUAUCCCACAUGAAGUCAUACCAAACUAUCAAGAGCGCCAACUUCGGCUCGACUCAAGAACUUGUUAAAAUUACACUUGAGCAAAAACGACUGAUCCCAUUCCACUUUGUGUCCACUGCUGGUGUUUCACUCUACUCAGGUCUGGAAACAUUUGCUGAGGUAUCUGCCGCACCAUAUCCGCCCCCAACAGACAACUCGGAUGGCUAUACGGCGUCGAAAUGGGCCAGCGAGAGGUUCUUGGAGAGGAUUCACAGUCUCACUGGUCUUCCGGUGUGGGUGCACCGGCCGUCAAACAUUCAUCGCGUCGAAGACCCCCAGUUCGACCUCUUCCAGAAUCUUCUUCGAUACUCUCGCCUGCUACAGGCAGUUCCCGUGUUCCCCAGCUUACAAGGCCAUUUGAAUCUCGUGGAGGCAGCAGAGGUUGCUCAGAGUCUUUUCGAUGAUGUUUUUACCAGUCGCAACUCAGAAGUCAACUACCGGCAUCGGAUCGGAAAGAUCAAUCUGUCGAUGGAUGAGCUGGGGGAUUUUGUCCGCACUGAGCCCACAUCGUCGGUGGAAAUCCUUGACGUAGGAACUUGGACGGCUAAGGCGGAAACGCAGGGUUUGCCGGAGGUUGUGAGCGAAUGGUUCAAGAAGGUAGCACUUGGAAUUCCUAUAAAGUAUCCCUUGCUUGUAACCGAUAGGCGUUAG